AUGCUCGAGUUUACGCUGCUCAAGACAUCAGGCUCGCUUGCACCGCGACUUGGCCGCCUGUCGUUCCCCGGACGCAAGAGCAUUCUCACACCCGCCUUCAUUGGCAACACCUCAAGAGGCGUCAUCCCCCAUGUGUCCCAGGACAACUUCCGAAGGAGCGCCGAUAUUAGUGGGGUCUACGUCGCGCUUGAGGACUUCGUCGAGAAGCAUCCGCACAAGACUCCCCCAAUUUUGCAAUAUGACGUGCCAGAGCCCUUGCGCAAAUUCAUUGCCCUGCCCGAAGACACGCUCUUGAUCCUGGGUGCGCGUCGCAAUCCACCCAUCCCAAGCCCUCACGCGAAUUCCAACACGGAGAUAGGCCUCUUGACGUCGGUCGGCUUCGCGGCUCUCAGCUCCGAGUACUAUGCCGCCGCUGCACGGAAGUUGCAGCCAGACGUCGUGGUGGGACUGGGCGAUAUACCAGUCGGACAGGAUGCCAUCAGUCUCAAGCGGAAAGACAAGAUGAGCGAUAGGACCGAGGUAUGGCUGCGCGAUAUAGUAGCCAAGCAGGACACCAUCGAGAAGGGAGAGAAAGCAUGGAGCAUAUUUGCGCCUAUACUGCCCAUUGAGCGCGAUCUGCAAUCAUGGUAUCUGGAUCACUUGCUCGACGACAUGGUGAACAAGAUCAGCGGCCUUGCAAUAUACGAUGCCUAUCUACUCGAUGACCUACCCGACCAGCUUCAGCAUCUCCCAAGAUUAUCCUUCCAUAUGCCUUCCAGCCCACAAGAGCUUCUUCGCCACGUCAGUUUGGGCGUGGACGUCUUCACCGUGCCCUUCCUUGCCGACGCGACUGACGCGGGUAUCGCCCUCGAUUUCACAUUCCCAGCGCCCGUCCGAGACACAAGUACAGCCGCGCGCCGUUCUCUGGGCAUCGAUAUGUGGAGUGGCGACCAUGCUUUGUCUGUCACUCCGCUAUCCGAAAAUUGCACGUGCUACGCCUGCACCAAGCACCAUCGUGCCUUCAUCCAGCACCUGCUUGCCGCCAAGGAAAUGCUUGGCUGGGUGUUAAUCCAGUUGCACAACCACGCCAUACUUUCUACCUUCUUCGCCGGCGUUCGCACCUCCAUCGAAGCGGGCACCUUUGAUACCGACGCCGCUGCUUUUGAAGCCUAUUACGAGCCUGCCCUUCCCGAGAAGACUGGUCAAGGGCCGCGAAUCAGAGGUUAUCAAUUCAAGAGCGAAGCGCAUGCGAACAGGGAGAAGAAGAACCCCAGAGCUUUUAAGAAAUACAGUGAAGACGAGAUCCUAAGGCUCAAGGCUGCCCACGGGCAACAACCAAAUAGAAAACAUGUGACGAGAGAUCUGAUCGACGAUGAGGCUCUGUUAGGCUUGGUAGAGAUGGAAGAGGUUGUAGUUGAUGCGGACCCGGCUAUGCAGAUGAAUGGCUUGAGAUUGGAAGAUGAUAAGAGAGCCUAG